AUGAAUGGUAUUUAUUCAGCCAUAAAAAAGGACAAAAAGUAUCCAACAGGAACUCGGACAAAUCGUGCUACAGCGACCGGUUUCUGGAAGGCCACCGGUAGGGAUAAGGCCAUAAAUCUAAGCAACUCCAAGAGAAUUGGAAUGAGAAAAACUCUUGUUUUCUACACUGGACGUGCACCUCACGGCCCGAAGACGGAUUGGAUCAUGCAUGAAUAUCGUUUGCACUACGAUUCUGCUGAAAUUCAGGAGGAUGGAUGGGUGGUUUGCAGAGUAUUCAAGAAGAAAAAUCAUACCAGAGGUUUCCAAACUGAAGUCAUUCAGGAUCAAGAACACACACUUUACAAGAAUCCCACUAUUGGUUCUACUAACUUGUGUCAGCCACAAUAUGAUAAUUCCUCAAUAAAUCUCCCAGAGUUAAUGAGUGCUGAAUCAUGCAGUGCACCUUCAUCGAACACCAUGCAGCAGGAUAUGAUCCAGUGCUCCCAGAACUUGAUGAGAUUGACAUCAAGAGUUUCUGGAUCAAGCUUGAUCAUGCAAAAAGAGAAGAUUAAUGGGAACGUUUCAUUUAUGGACAAGCUUUUGGCUACACAUCAAACCCUGGAUCAAAUCAAAUGCUAUCAGUUUUCACAAGUUCCUGAUUUCCCUCAGAUGUUUUCAUUGCCUUACCUUGGAUCUGAACCAGAUUUUUUAAACUUGUCCAAGUAG